UCACAUGUAUCAUGAAGCGAAGGAACUUAAGGAAAAAUUUCUCGUGGAUGGCGCAGGCAGGCCUCCAAUCGAUUCUUCCACCCCCCAAGAAAACCACCCACCCCCGGCCGUCGACUCGGUCUCGGGGUGAUCCGAGAACAGUUUAAAAACGCUAUCAAAGCAAACAUGGCGCUAGAUUUUGCUGCUACAUAUAAAGUUCUUGUUCUUGGGGAUUCUAAUGUCGGAAAAACUUGUAUCGUCCAUCGAUAUUGUGAUGAACGGUAUUACGAUACCUACAUAUCCACCAUAGGUAUCGAUUUCAAGCAAAAAAUUAUAAACCUGGAUGGAACACCGAUAAAACUUCAAAUCUGGGACACUGCUGGUCAAGAACGAUUUAGAACUUUAACAACAGCUUAUUAUCGAGGAGCAAUGGGUAUUUUACUAAUGUAUGAUGUUACCAGUCUUGAAAGUUUUAAUCAUCUCUCGUACUGGCUACGCAACAUUCAAGAGAAUGCCUCUCCGGAUGUCGUAAAAGUCCUUGCGGCCAACAAAUGCGAUGCUCCUUUGAACAGAGCAGUGGAUGCAGAAAGGGGACAAAAAAUAGCCGAAAAUUUCGAUAUGCCCUUCUUCGAGGUUUCUUGUAAAGAAAACAUCAAUAUUGAAGAGGCUUUUCUCACCCUCGCCAGAAGAAUAAGGGAACAACGAGGUCGAAGGGCGAGUUUGUUCGAGGCUUCUGAAAGGGAAGGUGCCAGCAGUGUCAUAAAGGCUCAGUCACCAUCGCAGCAAAGUGAUUCCUGGAAAUGCUCUUGUUAGCCUAAAUAAUUUUUUUUUUCGAAUAGCUCCAACUGCAAAAAGCAUCGAAGCUCACGAAAAUUCGAUCUAGGUCAAUAUCGAUUAGCAUUUUAUCUCCGAAAGGGACUGCAAAUGAAUUUUUAUAAUUAUUAUCCCCUAAAGUGUUUUAAAAUAGGUCGCCAAAAAA